GUGAAAAAGCAGAAAGUUGAGUUGAGAAUAACAAAAGCGUGUACUACUUACUGUGUAUCCACCUCUUUUUAGGGUUUGUUUUUUUCUUCCAUUUUCUCGUAAAUUUCACCCAUACUUCGCACCCAAACCCAAUUUACAGACACUAUAUACUCUCCAUUACUCUUCAAGACUUUACCUUCAUCGCAUCUAGCGUGGAUCUUGAAAAACCCCACUACUGUUGUCCCAUUAAUCGUAAGUCUCGUUCUCCCGCUCUCAAUUUCAAAACGUUUUGUGAUCUUCGAUUCUGUAUGGUCUUAUGAUCUUCAAUUUUGAAGUGGGUAUGUGUGUUUGGAGAAGGUGGAGGUGUUUACGUAAGAAUUCGAUUUCGUCAUCUUUUCCCCCCAACGUGGAGUUUUGAUUGGGUAUCAAUAGAUCUGUUCUUGUCGGUAAAUUAAUGCGGGUGUUUGGGGUUUAGACUGGGAAAAUUGAGUCUAGGGUUUAGGCAAAUUCUGGGAUAUGGGGUCGGCGGGUGAAGAUGGGAUUCGGAAUUUGAUGUCGGCGAGGAAUUCAUUGAAGGUUAAUUUAGAGAAAUCGAAAGCCCUAGGGUUAUCGCUACGGAAAUCCGGGCCUAGAUUAGAAGAGAUUAAUCAAAGGCUACCAUGUCUAGAAGCUGCUGUUCGUCCUAUUCGUGCUCAAAGAGAUGCUCUUGAUGCUGUCGGUGGUCAUAUAAACAGAGCCGUUGUCCCAGCCGCUGCUGUCCUAAAGGUGUUUGAUGCAAUUCACGGUUUAGAAAAAUCAUUAUCUGAUCCUCAAUCUGAUCUUCAAGGAUACCUUUCGGUAUUGAAGAACUUACAGGAAGCAUUGAAGUUUCUUUCUGAAAACUGUGGAAUGGCAAUUCAGUGGUUAGAUGACAUCGUUGAGUAUCUAGAAGAUCACAAUGUCGCUGAUGAAAGGUACACUUCUAGUCUAAAAAAAGCUCUAAAGUAUCUCAGAGAGCUACAAACCAAAGAAGAAAAGAACCGCCUAGAUGGCGGCCUUUUAGAGGCGGCAUUAGACAGAUUAGAAACUGAAUUCCGGCGACUCUUGACUGAAAACAGCGUCCCUUUACCCAUGUCUUCUUCUCCAUUAAAAGAUGAACAACCCUGCAUUGCUCCUUCUCCUUUACCAGUCCCCAUCAUUCAAAAACUUCAAGCAAUCCUCGGAACCCUAAUAGCAAACAACAGACUUGAAAAAUGCAAAUCUAUUUAUGUAGAUGUUCGCAGCUCAAAUGUCAGAGCAAGUUUACAAGCUCUAAACUUGGAUUACUUGGAGAUUUCAGUUUCUGAAUUCAACGAUGUACAGAGCAUUGAAGGCUACAUAGCAAAAUGGAGUAAACACUUGGAGUUUGCAGUGAAGCAUUUAUUCGAAGCUGAAUAUAAACUCUGCAAUGAUGUAUUUGAAAGAUUAGGGUUAGAUGUUUGGAGGGAUUGUUUUGCAAAUAUAGCAGCUCAAGCAGGUAUGCUUGCUUUUCUUCAAUUUGGAAAAACAGUAACUGAAAGCAAGAAAGAUCCCAUUAAGCUCUUAAAGCUAUUAGACAUUUUUGCAUCAUUAAAUAAGUUAAGAUUGGAUUUCAAUCGACUUUUUGGUGGGGCUGCAUGUGCUGAAAUCCAAAAUUUGACAAGGGAUUUAAUCAAAAGGGUAAUCGAAGGGGCUUCUGAGAUUUUCUGGGAGCUUUUACUUCAAGUGGAGCUACAACGCCAGGCCCCACCACCUCCAGAUGGCAGUGUUCCAAGAUUAGUAAGUUUUAUAACCGAUUAUUGCAACCGAUUAAUCGGGAAUGAUUACAAACCAAUCUUGAAUCAAGUUCUAGCAAUCGAAAGAAGUUGGAAACGUGAAAAGUUUCAAGAAAGUCUUCUUCAUGAUUAUCUUCUUAAUCUGAUACGUGCGAUUGAAGUAAACCUAGAAUCAUGGUCAAAAGCGUAUAAAGACACGGAUCUUUCAUACGUUUUCUUGAUGAACAAUCAUUAUCAUCUUUACAAGCAUCUAAAAGGCACAAAGAUUGGAGCUUUAUUAGGUGAUCAAUGGCUAAGAGAACACCAAGAUUACACAGAAUACUAUUCAACAAUCUUUUUAAGAGAAAGUUGGGGAAAGCUUCCUUCACAUUUAAGCAGAGAGGGGUUGAUUUUAUUUUCGGGUGGGAGGGCUACUGCUAGAGAUCUUGUGAAAAAACGGUUGAAAGCUUUCAAUGAAGCUUUUGAUAACAUUUACAAAAAGCAUUCGAGUUGGGUGAUUUUGGAAAAAGAUUUGAGAGAAAAGACAUGUCAUUUAAUCAUUCAAGCAAUUGUUCCUGUUUACAGAAGCUAUAUGCAGAACUAUGGGCCUUUAGUUGAGCAAGAUUCAAGUGGUGGAAAGUAUGCAAAGUUUACAGCUCAAUCUUUGGAGAAAAUGGUUUCUUCUCUUUUUGUGGUGAAACCUAUGAGACAUGGGAGUUUUAAGGUUAGACAAAAUAGUAAUAAGUUUAACAAUGGUGUGGAAGAUCAUCCGUAUUCUGGUUCACCUACUCCUACUGUUGCUUCUGCUUGAAUUCUUGAUGAUGGAAAUCAUGGAAGGUUUCUUUUGUACAUGUGUAAAAGAAGAGCAAACUUAUUAUUCAAAUUCUUGAAAUCGCGUUAUGAAAAAUGGGAGUUUCUUGGACUUGAUUUCUAUUUCUAACCAGCUACCCAACAAUGGUGUUUUCAGGUUAAUCGGAUGUUGAACUCUUGUUUCUUGGUAUCUGUUUUUUGUUAGAAUCCAUAAUUAUUUGUAAUGUUUAUUAGUCUAGAAGCAAUUAAGAUUGUUAAAUUUGGGGAUGUUCUUGUUGUGUAUGAUUAUUUUGGUAUAAAGUGCAUCUUAUGAUGUGAAGUAUCUUUGAACCUUGAAAUAGAUGGUUAUAUUAUAGAUUUAAAGCUUCUUGAUAAUAAGUUGUCUUUUGUAUAAUUGUAUGUAUGUUCGUUUUGAUUUUUGGAAUAAGAUAAGUUAAUCAUGUUGUUAUA